CCAGAAAAAACAGCAGCUACUCAGCGAAAAGACCUCCUCUGCAUCCUGUUUGUAAGCUAACUUGAAACACAGGAUCUCACCUACUGCUGCUCGCCCUGAAACCCAAAGGUUCCCAGAGCAUCUCUCUGAAAUGGCUAUGGUGUGUCUGUCAGACUUUGAAGCUUAUGCUAAAAAGUAUUUACCUAAGACUGCUUGGGAUUAUUUUGCAGCUGGAGCAGAUGAUGAGAGCAGUCGAGAUGACAACAUCCUGGCAUAUAAAAGAAUUCGUUUCCGGCCACGCGUGCUGCGGGAUGUAUCUGUGAUGGACAUUAGGACUAAGCUCCUGGGGACUGAAAUCAGCUUUCCUGUAGGAAUUGCCCCUACAGGCUUCCACCAGCUUGCAUGGCCUGAUGGAGAGAAAAGCACAGCCAGAGCAGCCAAAGCCAUGAACAUUUGUUACAUUGCGAGCACAUACUCCACCAGCAGCCUGGAAGAGAUCUCUGCGGCUGCCCCCGGAGGCUUCCGAUGGUUCCAGCUCUAUAUCCACCGCAACAGGGCAGUUGCCAAGCAGCUGGUCCAACAGGCAGAGGCCUUGGGUUUCCAAGGCCUAGUCCUCACAGUUGACCUGCCCUACACUGGCAAAAGACGGGCUGAUGUCCGCAAUGGCUUCCGGCUUCCUCCACACAUGAGACUGAAGAACUUGGAGGGAGCCUUUGAGGGAGAUGAGUGUUCCGAGUAUGGAGUCCCACCCAAUAGCUUGGAUCCUUCAGUCACCUGGAACGAUAUCUACUGGCUGCAGAGCCUUACUCAUCUGCCUAUCGUCGUCAAAGGCAUCUUGACCAAAGAAGAUGCAGAGCUGGCAGUAAGACAUGGAGUACAGGGUAUUAUUGUGUCCAACCAUGGUGGAAGGCAACUGGAUGGAGGACCUGCCACUAUUGAUGCUCUGGUUGAAGUUGUGGAGGCCGUACAAGGCAGAGUUGAGGUUUAUGUAGAUGGUGGAGUAAGAAAAGGCGGUGAUGUAUUAAAGGCACUGGCACUGGGAGCAAAAUGUGUCUUUAUUGGAAGACCAGCUUUGUGGGGUCUUGCUUACAAGGGUGAAGAAGGACUUCAAGACGUUUUGAGGAUUUUGCGUGAUGAGUUUCGUUUGUCAAUGGCCUUAACUGGCUGUUCCAGUGUCUCAGGAAUUGGCCGAAACCUAGUUCAGUUCUCAAAAUUGUAAACAGCCUCUGACAAUGCCCUCCGAACAGAAGCAGCUCACACCAGCAAUUGAGGUCCCAAAACAGACUGAAGAGAGACAAAGGAGGUGCAAAUGUAGAACCUAUAACACGCAGCUGAUAAGGCCUUCAAGAAGCUCGUGAGAAGAUUAGGGAAGGCUUUGUGUUAGCAAGGAUCAUUCUUUGCUUUCAUUAAGGCCAAUAAGUUCUUUAACAUUGCAGAUAAUUGUUACUUGCUUAAAAACAUUUACUUAAAACUAUCUGUUCCCUGGCAUUAGCCUGUAUUGGGUCUUACUCCCAAACUCUAUUAUGUCUGACAGCCAGACAUGGUAGAAAACUAUGAUGUCCCUUGCUUCUUCUGCCUGAUCUUUCUACCUAGUCUGACUGCAAGUCCAGCCACAGGCCUUUCCUCCUGCUGGAAAUAAGUACUGUGACUGCUAUCUCCAAUAGCCUGGGCUCUCCUAGACGUAUUCAUAGCAGAUAGAGAGAUAUCUAACAGAUACUCCAGGUGUCAUCUUGCCCACUGCUUCUAAAGGAAGACACAAAAUAAAUAGUAACCCAAGCAAUACCCUGCACUCCCCACAGCUUUCCUGAACUUCCUUCACUACAUCAAUAAUUUGGAUCGCAUUCUCAUCAGGGCAACAGCCAGGCCCUAUCUAUCUUCAGAGCACAGCACAAGCUUGUGGCGGUGCAUGAAUAACUCACAUGAAGCCCUGGACUGUUUUCCCAUGGAUGAGAGCAGCCAGUAGUACAGGCUAACAGCAUUGGCACAAGCUACCUGUAACAGCAGACCAGCAUGUUACAUUUGUCCUUGGAGGAUGGUGCAGAGGCAGCGCGGGGCUGCUGCCAAUGUAAACCCUUGCUCUCUGAGGUAAAAGAAAUGCAUGCUCAUCAGUUCCCUUUCCAAGUUUCUGCCUGAGACACUUGGACAGUUCCCUUUCCAGGUUUCUACCUGAGACUACCUGGUCUUGCCUGCCCCUGAGGAAGCACAGCCUGCGCUCUGCCAUCCACCUGGCCUCAGCUGGGAAUGAUGGAUCCAUAAUUGGUAACAGAGCUUUCUGUUGCUUUCUUUCCCUUAGUCCUCUUUCACCUGGAUCCUUCCUUCUCUGUAGCACCCCUUACACCACAACCUUAGACUACUCCAUCUAGUCUCUUUCUAUUCCUCUUUCUUCCUCAUUCCCUUUCCUUUCAUUGUCUCUCUUCUCUCUGUUCCCUGCCAACCCCUUUCCCCAUUAUUUUUCUUUGAUCCUCAUCUAGGCUAUUGUUCCUCCCAAUGGCAUGGACCUUUGUAAAUACGUGAAAAGCAGGUGUAGCAUCCUGCAGCCAAGGCAAAAGUUGGUCCAUGUGGUGUCAGCGGGAGGUGACCUUGCUUAGGAUUUGUCUAUAUCACAGGCUGCAGUAUGGCACAGGGAUGCCCUGGAAUUGCCUGGGGACUAGAAGCACAGGGCUCCUGUUGCCAAGCAUAACAGCAGUUUCUGGCAAGCUGUGCUUUGGGCUGAUACUGCUUCAGUAGUACCUGGGCUAUGUGCUCCUAGGAUGUGUUUGUAAUCUCCUUCAGGUGUUUUCACUGUGUGGUAGUGGAGGUGGUAUUGCAUGCUUCUUUUUUGGAUACAGCAGUAGAACUUUAAAAAGAACUUAUCAGAACAAAGGCUACAAUCUAAUUUUUCAGCUCACUCUUUUUGUGCUGUUUGUGAUUAGCCUUAGCCCCUGGAGUACUGAGAAGGUGCUUUUCUCCUUUUUUGCCUAUCCAAAUGCUGCUGGCUAUGAUGAUACUUCCACUGAAGAUGUAUUUUCUCUAAGCUACUUUAGCAAGGAGGUGUUUAACAACACUUUGUUGAUUUUUAAGCUUUAUAUAAGGCUGUCCAAUGAAGGCCUAAAUAAAACACAUUUAGAUAAAGUGCCUAA